GCCUUUAUUUCCGCUGGUGUUGUCUUCAGAUGGAUGGUCGAUUUAGUUGAUGACUGAGGAAACGAUGCGGGGGUGCAUGAUGGGUGGGCGCAUCUGCUGUUGGCUGCAGCUGAGAAAAUUUGUUGACGUUGCUAACAUCUGGGUUGUGUUUAUUGUCUUACAGCGUUUCUGCGUCCGUAACUCCGGUGCAAAGGCUGUUGUGGAAGGCGUGGGUGAUCACGGCUGUGAGUACAUGACAGGGGGUAUCACUGUCAUCCUGGGAGGUACUGGCAGGAACUUCGCAGCCGGAAUGAGUGGUGGGAUUGCUUUCGUCCUGGACAAGACUGGGGAGUUUCCGAAGAAGUGCAACAUGGGCCUUGUGGACUUGGAGAAGAUGACAGAGGAGGAAGACAUCCAGAUUCUGAGGACCAUGAUUCAGAAGCACUACAAGUAUACACAGAGUGCUUUGGCUGAGCAAAUUCUCAGGGAAUUUGAUGACCUGCUGCCGUACUUCGUGAAGGUAUUCCCGCGUGAUUACAAGCGUGUGAUGCUGGAGAUGAAGGCGAAGAAGGCCCAGGAGUCGCUCGACAAGCUGAAGGAGAUUGCUGCGAACGGUUCAGUCGAGGAGAAACCAAGAAGACCAACCAGGGUGGAAGGAGCUGUGAAGCAUCGUGGAUUUGUUGUUUAUGAGCGAGAAGCAGCUCCUUAUCGGAAGCCUGAGGAGAGGUUGAAAGACUGGGGUGAGGUGAUGCUGCACGAGCCACAACCUGCAUUGCUGAAUACACAGUCUGCACGGUGCAUGGACUGUGGCACACCCUUCUGUCACCAGGGCAACAGCGGAUGUCCGCUUGGCAACAAGAUCCCCGAAUUCAAUGAGCUCGUCCAUCAAGGACGUUGGCGUGAAGCUCUUGAUCGUCUGUUGGAGACGAACAACUUCCCUGAGUUCACAGGCCGUGUGUGCCCAGCACCAUGCGAGGGUGCUUGUACACUGGGUAUCAUUGAGAACCCAGUCGCUAUAAAGACGAUUGAGUGCAAUAUCAUCGACAAAGCAUGGGAGGAGGGAUGGAUGGUGCCCAGGCCGCCUGUGCGCCGCACAAGAAUGAAGGUGGCUGUGGUGGGAAGUGGGCCAGCAGGGUUGGCAGCUGCUGAUGAAUUAAACAAAGCAGGCCACUUUGUGACAGUUUAUGAGCGGGCCGAUCGCAUUGGAGGGCUGAUCAUGUAUGGUGUGCCCAACAUGAAAUGCGAUAAGCAGCUUGUUGUGGAAAGGAGAGUGAAUCUCAUGCGGGAGGAAGGAGUCAAGUUCGUCACAAACGCCAACAUCGGUGUCACGAUAUCUGCAAAGGAUCUCAAGGCAGAGAAUGACGCGCUGAUCCUCGCAUGUGGAGCCACCAAGCCAAGAGACCUGCGUGCUGCUGGGCGUGAGCUGAAGGGUAUUUACUUCGCCAUGGAGUUCCUCACCGCGAACACCAAAAGCCUCUUGGACAGCAACCUGGAGGACGGGAACUACAUCACAGCAAAGGGCAAGAAGGUGGUCGUCAUCGGAGGUGGAGACACGGGCACGGACUGCAUUGCCACUUCCAUUAGGCACGGCUGCACUAACCUCAUCAACCUCGAGCUCCUUCCUCAGCCCCCAGCAGGACGUGCAGAAGACAACCCUUGGCCGCAGUGGCCCCGCAUCUUCCGAGUCGAUUAUGGCCACGUUGAGGCGGAGACCACGUUUGGCAAAGAUCCACGCACAUAUGAGGUAAUGACGAAGAGGUUCUUUGGAAACGACAAGGGAGAGGUGACAGGGCUGGAAAUCGUUCAGGUGCAGUGGUCCAAGGACGCUUCAGGGAGAUGGGCGAUGAAAGAGGUGGCAGGGUCAGAAAAGAUUCUCGAAGCUGAUAUUGUACUCUUGGCCAUGGGAUUCCUAGGCCCUGAGCAGUACAUCGCACAGGAACUCGGGGUUAGCACAGAUCCCAGGAGUAACUUCAAGGCGGACUUUGAACGAUUUGCAACAAAUGUGGACGGUGUGUUUGCUGCUGGCGACUGUAGACGAGGACAGUCGUUGGUGGUUUGGGCCAUUACUGAGGGAAGAAGAGCAGCUGCAGCUGCGAACAAGUAUUUGAUGAACAAAGCUGCUCUUGCAGAAAGCCAGAGUGUUGCAUCUGCUCUCAAGGUGGGAGUUGUGAGCAAGGGGGAGGCGGUAGCAGUUGUCGCGUAGAUUGAUUGAUUGAUUGAUUGGUUGGCUACUAAACUGCAGCGCCGGGACUUUAGAGGCAAAGUCUGCAGCGUGGUGACCCUGGCCAGACUAGGGUCUGGGUCUGUCACCUUGCCACGGUGUGAAGGAAUCACAUUGAAGUAUGCAUAUUUUGCUGAUAGCGUAGAGUAGUUCAGGGUUGAGCAGGAGCCGAUUCCAGGGGUAGGAGGUGGAGGAACGGACAGUACUGAGCGGUCCUCCUCUCGGAGGGAGAUCGUAGAUUUGAGGGGUGUCCUUCUCUCCGAGUCGCAGCAGCAAUCCCUGUUGCCCAUUUGUAGUUUCCAUGAAGCAGAGCAGACCGUAUUCAAUGCACUCAUGGUCUUGCAGAUUCUGGUGAGCCUGAUCAACAACAGAAGGGUAUGCAGUCCCUUCUGCAGUCCGGGUGCUGCAGUCACUGCUGCAGUCAUACUCAAGUCUUUUCUGUCGAUGUUGUAAUAGGAGAUGGUGAGAACGUGCUUGGGCUCGCUUCGAGCAAGUAGUCGGGGGAGUGUCGCGAGGGUCUUGGUUUGAGUACUACCUCUCAGAUUUUGGGGAGCUCAAUUCGUCGAAGUGUGUAAUUCAGUGUUCGUACUCUGAGAGAUGGUAUGCUCUUAGCAUAAAGCAGUGUCUUUGAUUUGCAAAGACUAGUUGCUGAAGUCAAAAGGGUGUUAAAAAGGAUCUGGAAACCGUUAACUAAUGCGAUUUGUUGGUCGGCUUUCCAGCUUCCCGGUUGGAGAUUUAGUCGGUAUUCAUCUUCUGCACUUGUAUGCCACAGGUUGCACCGUUGCAAGUAGAAAUGGUUAAGUUGUUAGACUAAGUACUGGUUACCAUUGACAUUGAUAUUGUAUGGCCCUGUUCAGAGGGUGUCUCUAAUGUCCUCCACUUCUCUUGUGAUGGACUAUGAAGCGA